UACGGCAAGCUGAAGCGCUCAGAAAGAGCGGGCGCGUAGUAAACAUAAGCCGGAGUUCAUUUGUGUCUGAAGAAAUAAUACGAGUAUUCAAGCGUCGUCUGUGAUUUAUAGCAGUGUAAUGAGAUUGAAAGAAAGCUCUGGGCAGCUCAGAUUAUGGAGCUGGUUCCUGCUCUGCUCCAGCUGUAUGCUGUCUGUAUGGGCUCAUGGAGGACCGCAUGGAGAACCAGCUGCUUCAAAUCAAGAGCAUCCACCAAUCAUCCGGCUGGACAGGAAUAUGGUUCAGGAUAAAGACCACAUCAUGGAGCAUUUAGAAGGGGUGAUUGAACAGCCAGAGUCGGACAUGACGCCUCAAGAGCUGCAGCUUCACUAUUUCAAGAUGCACGACUACGAUGGCAACAAUCUGCUGGAUGGACUCGAGCUCGCCACUGCCAUUACUCACGUUCAUAGAGAGGAAGGAGGAGAUGAUAGCCAGCCAAUGAAAGAAGAGGAUCUAAUCAACCUCAUUGAUGACGUCCUCCGAGACGAUGACAAAAACAAUGAUGGCUACAUCGACUAUGCAGAGUUUGCCAGGUCUCUGGAGUGAAAGACGAGAGGAAGAGCCGCUGCCUUACUGUGAAUGCAGAUUACCUCUGAUGUACAAAUCUCCAGCACAUUCCUUCACGUGCGUGCGAUUUCACAGGCGCAGUAUAUUCAUGCUUCAAUAUAACCUGUAUAGAUGUCAGACAAUGAAGUGGUGAGGGUCAUGAAGUGACAUGAGAUGUUUUGUACGUAUGCCAUCAGUGUAACAUGUAUUCAUUGUUGCACUCACAUCUGCAUAUGUCUCGUCACAAUGGACCUUAAUGUAUAAACUGCCAAAUUUAUCCACUGUAAACAAGCAUAAAUUGUUAUUAUUGAAUAAAUCCUUUGCAGUGACACUCUCCUGCAAAGCUGAUUGUUAAAUGAAGCUAAAGUGGAAUAUAAUAAUUGCUGCUCUGCUCAUGAAUGAUGGCAAACAUAUGCUCCUUCUGCCUUAAAGGGAUUAUCACUGUUACUGUCAUUACAAAAAUACUCAUUCAGAAUGUUUUGAAGUGACAGAAUACUUUAUUGGUUUAUCUUGAUUUACAUAUAAAUGUGCAAUACGCGUGUUUGGAGAUGUACAUCUUAAUGAAUCCCUCUGUAGCCCUAAUGUUGAUUUGGAUGAUGUUAUAAACAAGUGCCAGAAUAUUAGAAAUAUAUUUGAUGGUGUUGUGCAUUUCUAAAACAGGAAUAGGAAUUGGAUCCUCCGAAACAUCAUGGUGCAUUGAUUUUUAGCUUGCUAUUAGAGCCUGAAUGAAGACAAAAUGUCAUAUAGGUCAAUGACAUGAUGCUCAUUUUGUCUGAAUUUAUUAAUUUAUUAGGACAUUUUAAGUGUAAUUUAUCCAUAUAGUGACCUUAAUACAUUUCUCUUUCAUUGUUUUUAUUU